AUGAAAAAUGAUGAAUCACCUGAAAUUAUUUAUCAGCCUAAAAUCAAGCAUGCCAAAUUGAUUGGUAAUCGCUACUUGAAGGGCGGUGUGUUAGGAGAAGGCGCUUACGGCAAAGUGAAAGAAGUCUUGGAUACUUAUACCCUAAAGCGAUUAGCUGUUAAAAUAUUAAAGAAUGCAAAAUUGAAGCGAAUCCCCAAUGGCGAGCAAAAUGUCCUACGGGAGAUACGACUACUCAAAGGUUUAUCGCAUAAAAAUAUUGUCACGUUAUGUGAAGUUGUUACCUGUGAUGAGAAGCAAAAAAGAUAUCCUUUUGAAAACUUGUUAGAGAAAACACCCAGUGGAAAAUUUCCGUUGUGGCAAGCGCAUUUGUAUUUUGCUCAGUUGGUCAAUGGUUUAGACUAUCUUCACAGUCGACGAAUUAUCCAUAAAGAUGUUAAACCAGGGAAUUUGUUAAUUACCCAUGAUCAAAUUUUAAAAAUCACUGAUUUUGGUGUCGCAGAGGAGUUGGAUCUAUUCGCCUUAGACGAUAAGAUUUCUACAAGUCAAGGUUCGCCGGCUUUUCAACCGCCCGAAGUUGCCAAUGGACACGAUACAUUUUCUGGAUUUAAGUUAGAUACAUGGGCUGUUGGUAUAACACUGUUUAAGAUGACAUCUGGUGUGUACCCAUUUGAAGGUCGUACUGUGUUUACAUUGUUUGAAAAUAUUGGCAAAGGGCAGUAUACUAUUCCUGAUGUUCUUAAGCACGAGAGUGAAUUAAAGGAUUUAAUUAAUGGUUAG